UUUUCUCUUACGUGUCGCUUACUUUGUUUUUGGUCAGACAGGAAAACGCAAGAAGAACAUGGCCUGAAAGCCUGCAUCAACCACCUCUGUGCUUCACGCCAGAGAAGACGACACCAGCUCCCUUCCGUAACGCCUUGUUUUUGUUCGUUAGCUCAACCGGCUCGACAAAAAGCCUCCUCCAAUCGCCCAUCUCUCUCUCUCUCUCCUCUGAUUUCGCUGGCCGCUGUUGGUUGCCGUAGCCAUGAGUGCUCUUUUCACUGUAGCUUCGCCGUUCUCGGCUCGGCUUCGAGCUCCGAAGCGCCUCUCGGGGAUCGGAGCGCCGAGAGCGGCGCUGCUGGAGGCGCGACCUCCCGGUUUGCUAGCGGAUGCCGGCGGCGGAGGCGCGAUCCUGCGCGUGUCGGCCGCGGAUCGAGCGGCGGACAUUCAAGCCGAGUCCAGAGCCUUGGCUCGCGCUGUGAAUUCUCCGGUGUACAGCCCCGAGGUUCUCGCUCGCAAGUACGGUUCGCGUCCUGUUAAGGUCGUGCGAAGGGCUUUGGAUGUAUUGAUGGCUUUUGGCAUGUUUGCAUUGAAGCUCCUAAUCGAUCAACGGUAUGGUCGGGUUGAUCAGAACAGGAGGAAGCGAGGUGUGGAGUUGAGGAUGAUAUUGACACGGUUAGGGCCUACAUUUGUCAAAAUAGGGCAGGGGUUGUCGACCAGACCUGAUAUCUGUCCUCCUGAGUACAUUGAAGAGCUCUCUCAACUUCAGGAUACAUUGCCAACUUUCCCAGAUUCAGAUGCGUUUGCAUGUAUAGAGAGUGAACUGGAGCUGCCCCUUGAUUCGAUCUUCUCCUCCAUAUCCACUACUCCAGUUGCUGCUGCAAGCUUGGGCCAAGUUUAUAAAGCUCGACUAAAGUAUUGCGGACAGUUAGUAGCUGUCAAAGUGCAACGGCCUGGUAUUCAAGAGGCUAUUGGGCUUGACUUUUAUCUUAUGAGAGGACUAGCGUUUCUUAUUAAUGAGUACAUCAGUGGCAUUACCUCGGAUGUUGUUGCCCUGGUCGAUGAAUUUGCACGAAGAGUGCAUCAAGAGCUCAACUAUGCACAGGAGGGGCAAAAUGCAAGGAGGUUUAAAAAAUUGUAUGCUGACAAAGAAGAUAUAGUUGUACCGGAGAUAUACUGGGAUUACACUAGUGGCAAAGUGUUGACUAUGGAGUGGAUAACUGGGGUCAAACUCAAUGAACUGGAUGCCCUUGAGAGACAUGGCCUAAAGGUUAUCGAUUUAGUUAGCACAGGAAUACAAUGCAGCCUCCGACAAUUGCUUGAGUCUGGAUACUUCCAUGCAGAUCCUCAUCCUGGUAAUCUUUUGGUGACACCUGAGGGAAGACUUGCUUUUAUUGAUUUUGGGAUGAUGAGUGAGACCCCAGAGCAAGCCAGAUAUGCUAUCAUCAGUCAUAUUGUGCACCUGGUUAAUCGAGACUAUGAAGCUAUGGCUCGGGACUAUUAUGCUCUGGAUUUUUUGUCAUCUGAAGUUGAUGUUUCCCCCAUUGUGCCUGCAUUACAGAGCUUCUUUGAUGAUGCGCUGAAUGCAACUGUGAGUGAUUUAAAUUUCAAAUCAAUAGUGGAUGGUCUGGGAACUGUUUUCUAUCAGUAUCCAUUUACUGUUCCACCAUAUUAUGCAUUGAUAUUGAGGUCGCUUACUGUAUUAGAAGGCUUAGCACUCCAUGCUGAUCCUAAUUUCAAGGUGCUGGCUGCAUCAUAUCCGUACUUUGCUAAGAGACUCCUCACUGAUCCAAAUCCAUAUCUUAGAGAUGCGCUCAUAGAGUUACUGUUCAAGGAUGGGAGAUUUAGGUGGAACAGACUUGAAAACCUACUUGUCCAGGGUAGAAAAGACAGAGAUUUUUCAACCAAGGAUGCUUUACAACCUGUUUUAAGGUUGUUAUUGGAUCCGCAUGGCGAAGAACUUCGAUUUUUGGUCAUAAAGGAGGCUGUUCAUGUCAUGGAUGCUAUUGUCCUGGCUUCAGCUAUCGAUGCUUACAACUCUAUUCCCUACUUUAUGAGGGUUUUGCCCAAAUCAGAUGCAAAUGGACCCUUUAUAAUGAGCAAUGUUGAACUGAAAAGGCUGAUGGAUCUUCGAGAUCAGGUUUUUAGGAUAUGGGGCCUCUUGCAAACCUCUAAGAGUUUUGAUCCAGAGCUUCUACAGCCUGUUUUACAGGUCCUCCAGCAACCUGAGGCGCGCAGCUUGGGGGUGCGUGUUGCCGCUGGUGUUACUCGUCGUCUUGCAGCUAGAAUGCUGCAACAGGUGCUGCUAACAGCGUCAAAAAUCUCCUGAUUGGCUUUCUCACCACUGUACGGUUUUAUCACAAGGUAAUGUGAUAAAUUUUGGACAUUAUAAUAUACCAAAAAGUGGAAAUUGAGAUCUUGUCGUCAUUCUUCUUUUGUAAAAUAAAUUAGUCAAAUGUUAGCAGUAGUAGAAGAAUGUAGAAUAGAUUUGAUUCUGGGGUAGUAUGAAUAAUAUGCACGAGGUUUCAUCAGGCCUUUUUCGCUACUCUGGCAUUACUUUCACAUUACUUUCACAUUCUUACUGCUGCAGCCUGAAUGUGCAAAUUUGGCCUUUUGAAAUAUAUUAAACUAACCUGUAUUGAUUCCAGAGGAAAAGAAACCAAAAGUGAUUCCCGUAGUAGCGGUGAGCGAAAGGGGAGCAACCUAAAUCGUGAAAACAGGGUUGUGGGAGAGCAA